UUUUGAUACGAAGCUAUUAAAAAUGUCUGCGAAUAUUGAUAAUGAAAUCGAUAAUAUAUUUCCUAAAUAUCCCGUUACAAAUGAUAUAUCUGUCUUGAACGAUGAAAAUGAACAAGAAAAGAAUGUUGAAGAAAAUGAUCGAAAAAUGGAUUCACAAGCAAAUAAUAUCGUGGAAGCAGAAAAUUCGAAUGAUAUCGAUUUUGAAAGUAAAGAUGAUGCCCUAGAUAUUGAAUCUAAUGAAAUUGAUAAUCAAAAUAAUUUAUCAAAUGAUUUUAAUGAAGAUAACACACUUUUUAACCAACAACAAUCAAAUAAUAUGCAUAUGAAUGGUGGCAUAAAUCCGAUGAACAUGUUGAGAAUGAAUAAUCCAAAUUUUCAACAACAAAUGUUAAUGGCCAUGCAAAUUAUGAGGGCCAAUAUGAUGAAUAGAUUUCAAACCCCUAAUCCAAUGUUAAUGAUGAUGCAACAACGUUUCAUGGGAAGGAAUCCCUGUCCUCAGAAUAUUGCUGUCAAUAAUUCAAGAAAUACCAUAACUCCAGACUUAAAUACAAAUUCUGAUGACAUUGAAAAAAAUGAACAUGAAAUAAAAACAGACAAUUCUUUGGAGGACAAUGGGAAACCCCAAGAAUCUCAACCUUCUAAUGUUGAUGCUGAUCCAGGUGAAACUAUGGAUACUUUAGAUAACAAUGAAGUAAAAGAAAGCUCUGAGAAUUAUGAUCAAGAUUGUGAUCAUUCUCCAAGAGAGGGAGAUUUUAAGCGACCUAUGCAAAAUCAAUAUACUUCUAGACACAGGGGGCCUCAUCAACAGAGAAUGAUGAUGUUUAACAAUAUGGUACCUGGUCAACACCAACGUAUGCUUAUGAUGAUGAAUGUCAUGAGAAUGGCUGCUGCUGUUAAUAACAUGACAAAUAUGAAUAAUAACUUGAUAGGAGGCCAACCAUUUAACAUGAAUCCUGGAUUGAAUAAUGAAUUUGUUGGUGGUAUGAAUAAUAUGGUAGGUAAUGUUAGAUCAGGAGCAACACUUGGAAAUAUGUUUGGGGCUAUGCCUCCAUUUGGCGGUAAUAGCCUGACAGGUAUAAAUUCAAACAUCAUGCCUUCUACCCCCACUCUUAAUAACCAAUUUAGACCAGAUGGUACUCCAAUGCCUAAUAUUAACAUUUCAAAUAACAUGAUGAGGCCACAAAUGUUUAAUAACUUACAAACAUCUAUGCCUAUGAAUGUCUCUAAUGAUAUGAUGAGACCUGGCUUUUUACAAACAAGAACUUCUUAUAAUCAACAAGGGGGUAUGAUUCCAAAUAUGAAUGAUACCAAUGCAUCCAAUUUUUCUCUUAUGGGGAUGCCACCUCAAAUGAGGUUUAACAUGUUAAAUAACACCAACUUAGCUCCCAAUUUAUCACCUCAAUUGAUGAGCAGGUUUCCACCUCCUUACAACAAUGCUAUGUCAUCUCAUAACCAGAUGCUUACAAAUGAGGAAAAAGACAAACUAUUUAAUGGUCAUAAUCAAGAUAUCUUGACCAAAUUUUUAACACCCGAAGAUUUAUUGACUGGUUUGGUAUGGGUUGAGACUCCAAUUGGCUCAGAAGGAAAGAGCUAUUAUUACAAUGUCAAAACACGAGAAACAAGUUGGGAAAAACCUAUAGGUAAAAGAAUUAUUACACAGCUAGAACUUGAAGGAAUUGCUUCUAAUACAUCUAAAUUAAUUGCAGCUAGUAAAAUGCAAUCUUCAAUCCAGCAGAAUCAAACCCCUGUGAUUGUAUCAAGCAACUUAAAAAUUGGUCCACCUCCUUUUCUUACAAAUCAAAAUAAGAAAAUGAACACUAAAAUUGAUGCCCAAGAGAAAACUCCUAUCAAACAAACAAAUCAAAACGAACUUGAAAGUGGUUGGACCGAACAUAAAACGCCUGAUGGAAAAAUUUAUUAUUACCACAAUCAAACUAAGGAGUCCACUUGGGAGAAACCUAUAGGAUGUAUAGCUAAAAAGGAAAAUGAAAGCGAUGCGAAAGCUAAUAAGAUAGUAUCGAUUACUAAAAGCGAGCACGCUCCACCACCUGAUAAACCUAGGGACAAAUCGAAACCAGUGUCUAGCACACCUAUAUCUGGAUCUCCUUGGUGCGUUGUGUGGACAGGGGAUGGUAAAGUAUUUUUUUUCAAUCCCACUACCAGAGUAUCGAUAUGGGACAAACCAGAUGAUCUGAAAGGGCGAAAAGAAAUUGACGAGUUGCUGGCCAACCCUCCACCUGCUGUACUAAAAAUCAACGAGACUGAUCAAGGAACCAAAAAUAAAAUUGAUUCCCCAAAUGAUCAAACUUCUAAGAAAACAAAAUUGUCGAAUGAAGGGGAGGAGGAAAUUGAAAUAAUAAAGGAGAAUUUAUCCACUGCAACUAACAACAAUAAUAGUUCGAGUGGCAAUACUGCUCUGGAAGCUGAAGCCCGUGCUGCCAAAGAAAGGGCUCUAAUACCCCUCGAAAUGAGACUCAAACAGUUCCGUGAGAUGCUUUAUGAAAAAGAGGUUUCAGCGUAUUCAACAUGGGAAAAGGAAUUGCACAAAAUUGUAUUUGAUCCACGAUAUCUUUUGCUUAGUUCAAAGGAACGCAAACAAGUAUUUGAUAAGUAUGUUAAAGAAAGGGCUGAAGAUGAAAGGAAGGAAAAGAAAAAGAAAAUGAAGAAAGUUAAGAUCGACUUCUUCAAACUGUUGGAAGAAGCCAAGGUGUAUUCCAAGCGACUAACUUUAGCCGACGUAAGCCACAAAUACGGCAAGGAUGAACGUUUUAAGGCCGUCUCUAAAACACGCGAACGUGAGGACCUUUUCAAUGAGUACCUUAACGAUCCAGAUCGAAAGGACAAGGAGAAAGAGAAGGAAAAGGAGAAAGAUAAAGAGAAGGAAAAGGAUAAAACGGGUAAAACAUCUAGCAGUUCAAGUAAUAAAAAAGAGGUCAAAGACGUCAAGAUCUCCACAUUGGUUAAUAAGGAAGUUGAUGAAGAAAAAGAAAAACAAGAACGUAUGGAAGCCAGCAUUAAAAAGAGGGAAAAGGAAGUUAAAGAAAGCCUAUCAGAACACUUAAGAGAUCGGAAUAGAGAAAGAGAAAUUCAUAAACAUGAAGAGGCACUUCAGCAAUUCAAAGCCCUCUUGGUAGAUUUGGUUAAAAAAGCUGAUGACGAUUGGAAAGAUGCUAAAAAGGUAUUGAAAAAAGAUCAAAGAUGGGAACUUUGUAAGAUUUUAGAUAGGGAUGAAAGAGAACGAUUUUUUGAAGAACAUAUUGACAUAUUGACAAAGAAAAAACGUGAAAAAUUUAGGCAACUAUUAGCCGAGACGAAGGAUAUCACUCUUGUGACACCAUGGAAAUCUGCAAAGAAAUUGAUCAAAGAAGAUUCUCGAUAUAUUAAAUUUUCCAGUAGCGAUAAGAAAAGGGAAAAAGAGUUUGAUGAGUAUUUAAAGGAUAGGACAUCAAGCGCUCAAUCUGAAUUUAAAGAAUUAUUAAAGGAGACAAAAUUUAUAACCUACAAGUCAAAAGAAAUGAUCAGCGAUAAUAAACAGCAUUUGGAUGAUGUUAAAAAAAUAUUAUCGAAAGACAAAAGAUAUCUUAUUUUGGAGUGUCUAGAAAAAGAGAGAGAAGAAAUAUUGAAUAAUUACGUUGGAGAUCUGUCUAGAAGAGGUCCACCCCCACCCCCAACUGCUACUGAGCCUACUAGGAGAAGAUAAGAGUUAAUCUUGAAGAUAUAUUGCUGUUUAUCAUGUUUGAUUAUAAUUUUAACUCCAUCUUUAUACGAUUUUAUUUUAUAAAUUUUUUAUAGAUAUUGAUAAUAAAGUAUUAAUUAGGUCUAAAA